AUCCCUUCUUCGUCUUCCUCGUUCGAUUUGAGUUUCAAUAGGUAUAUAUCGUCUCCACCACCUGAAUAAAGUCUGUGUGGAUCUUUGUGAAUUUUUUUUUCUAGGGUUUUCAGACAGAUCAGGCGAUGGCUUCAUGUUCAGAGAGAACUCUUCCUUGUCCAGAUUCGAGUAAAAUUACCUCGCCUGCCCUUAAAUUCGAUGCUUUGGAUUUCCCAGCCAUGAAGGCUAUGGAAGAUUUCGAGACUUGUGCGAGAGAACUUGGUGAGAAAAUGCGUGAGGAUCCUGCAUAUAUCCUGGAGCUUAGCAGAUGUAAUCCAGCCGCUAAGUUUGAUCAAGAACAGUUGAGCAACAUGGGGCAAAUGUUUCAGCGCCUUGAGGAUCACGCGCGGCAGGAUCCUCGUGCGUCUUUCGAGAAUCUCGGGAAACCUGGAGCACUGGAGGAAUUUGCUGAGCGUGUUGCCCAAAUUAGAAAAGAUCCUGAAGUUGAACCCAUUCUAGCUGAGUUAGACGCUUGUCCUGCUGCUCUCUUGAAGUUUGUGGAUGACAAACAAGUGUUGAAAAAGCUUGGAAAAUCAAUGCUUAGGUCUCAGGGUCUGAACUAUGAUGAUGAUGAUGAAGAACUUGUCUCUGAGGGAAGAAAAGCCCUCAAGAUUGCUUUUGGGUAUGCCAAGAUGAAAUGCUUCAAAGUUCUUCUGGAUGCUGAAAGGAAAAAGGCCAAUAAGGUUGAGAGGAAAAAGAAGACAACAUCUCAUCAUGCUUCUACAAGUGGAAAGACGAAGCGUUCAAGCCGUCUCUCCAACAAGUGUGAUGCUGUGUAAGCUUGCAACAUAACAAUAACUCUCUGUUUCAAACAGCUCUGUUUUUCGUUCCACACCCUCAAAGAUUGUUCGUCUUUUUUUCCUUACUGUUAUGGGAAACAAAUCUUUAUCAAACAAAAACGUAUUUUUAUCUUUAUCAA